AGCGGACCUGAUUGGAGUGACUGGCGCUAACCAAACAAAUGUAGUGGUUAUGUUCUCUUUUCUAACUAUGAUAGUCAGUCUCUUAUUACGUAGGAAGUACGUUCUAACAAAUUUAAAAACGUAAAUAUCCAAAUUAAAAAAUAUGAACCCUAAAAGUCUAGAAGCAAGAAAUCGUGAUGAUAAUCCGUUUGCAGGACUAAAAAUAUCGAAUUCAAAUCCGUUAGAUGAUUUAAACAAUCGUAGCCCAUGCACACGUUGUGGCAAAUCCCGAAUGUAUUUCUGCUAUACAUGUUAUGUUCCUGUGUCCUGUUUGGAAGGUCGCAUUCCGAUAUGUACUCUGCCAAUAAAAGUCGAUAUAAUCAAACACAAACGUGAAAUAGACGGAAAAAGCACUGCAGCUCAUGCUGCUGUUUUGGCUCCUGGCAGUGUUAAUGUCUACACUUACCCUGAAAUACCGGAAUAUACUAUUGAUGGGAGAACAGUAUUAUUGUAUCCAGGAACAGAAGCUUGUACUGUAAAAGAAUUGUUUACGGGUAAAUGUAGUUCUCAGACUUACACAGAAAAUGUUUUAGCUCAAUUACCUACAGGAUAUAAUGUUGGUACUUUAAUGACAAAAAUCAUUAAUUGUGAUGAUAGCAAUCAAAUACAGCAUGUAGAAGAAUUACCAAUUGACCGUUUAAUUUUAAUUGAUAGUACAUGGAAUCAGAGUCGAGGUAUAUUUGCAGAUAAAAGGUUACAAAAAAUACCUCAAAUUGUUUUACAAAAUAGAAUAUCUCAAUUUUGGCGCCAUCAAAAGGGAAGCCCUAGAUGGUAUCUUUCAACAAUAGAAGCAUUGCAUCAGUUAUUGUUAGAGUUACAUAUAAAUGCUUGGGGUCGUAGUAAAGAUUAUAAAAAUGACCUUACUAAGCAUUAUCCAAUACACACACAAGAAAAUCACAUAUUAUGCAAACCAUAUGAUGGACAAUAUGACAAUCUUUUAUAUUUUUUCAAAUAUAUGUAUGAAAAAUUACACACUUUGUAUAAACAUGAUGAGUUACUGGCUUACAAAAGGCCCAUGGAAGUAUAGUUAUAAAAUUUUACUAAUUCUUUGAUUUUCAUUACUUUUUUUUGUUUCCUAUCUGUAUAUGUACUGUAUCUUAUCCUAUCUGUAUAUGUACUGUAUUACUGGUGGUAGGGCUUUGUGCAAGCUCGUCUGGGUAGGUACCACCCACUCAUCAGAUAUUCUACCGCAAAACAGCAAUACUUGAUAUGUUGUGUUCCGGUUUGAAGGGUGAGUGAGCCAGUGUAAUUACAGGCACAAGAGACAUAAAAUCUUAGUUCCCAAGGUUGGUGGCGCAUUGGCUAUAAGCGAUGGUUGACAUUUCUUAGAAUGCCAAUGUCUAAGGGCGUUUGGUGACCACUUACCAUCAGGUGGCCCAUAUGCUCGUCCACCUUCCUAUUCUAUAAAAAAAAAAAAAAAAUGUUAUAUUGUCCUAUAUCCUCUUGAAAAAGUUCUGUUCAAACUGUUAUAAUUUUGCAUCCUGAAAAACCAUAA